UACAAAAUCAAGAAUCAAUUUUUAUUUAUUUAUGAUGAUGGGAACCAUCGACAUCCCUCCCCGCCGGCAGCAUCAGCUCCUCCUCCUCUCCGGCUCCCCGACCGCGGCCGCGUUCUCGAGAUUCCUCCCGUGCAACGACGUCGACGGCUCGGACGAGGAGCCCUACGCCUCCGACCACUUCCGCAUGUACGAGUUCAAGGUGCGGAAGUGCAGCCGGAGCCGGAGCCACGACUGGACCGACUGCCCCUUCGCACACCCGGGCGAGAAGGCCAGGCGCCGCGACCCCAGGCGCUUCCGCUACUCGGGGCUCGUCUGCCCCGAGUACCGGAAGGGCCACUGCGGGAAGGGCGACGCCUGCGAGUUCUCGCACGGCGUGUUCGAGUGCUGGCUCCACCCCUCCCGCUACCGCACCGAGGCCUGCAAGGACGGGAAGGCCUGCAAGCGGAAGGUGUGCUUCUUCGCGCACUCCUCCCGCCAGCUCCGCCUCGUCCCCGACCCCGAACCCGCCCCGGAGGACAAGAGGAAAUCUUCCAGCCAUUGCUGUUUGUACUGCCACCAUGAGUUGAAGUCGGCGACUGCGUCGCCGACUUCAACCCUUAUGGGCCAUCAUAACAUUUCCCCACCUAUGUCGCCCUUGUACAGGGGCGACACAGGGGACAUGGGGUAUGGGUCCUUGGACUCGUACAAGGAUGCGCUCGCUGAGCUCAUGGCCUCGUUUGAGGCUAUGAGCCCGAGUGAGGCGACAGGCCGCCCUCAGGGUGGCCUUCCGUGGCUGGAUGUGAAUUUCAAUGUGGAGGAGCCACAGUUUGUGAUGUCGCCAUCAACUUCGACUCCGGUGAGCCGUGGACAUAGCAAAUUUUACCAGGAGGAAUAUUCCGGUAGGAAUUUGAUGAAUGAAAGCAGGUUUAAUGCCAAUGAGGGUGGUUCCGGUGGGCCGGAUCUCGGGUGGGUCAACGAUCUUCUGACAUGAAUGAUGCGAUAUCGGGUUCGGAUUCGGGUUCGGGUUGGGAUCCUUAUCCUGAUGUAUAUAUGAGGAUGAAGGUACCAAGAGUGGGAUUUUGAUGGGAUGUGAUUAUUUUUGUGGAAUUGUUGGUUAUGGGGCUAUAUAAUGUGUGUUGAUCAUGAAUAAUUAGGCGUCUUGUUAAUUAAGUUGGGAAAUUUGGAGGUGUAAUUCUUGUUUUGAUGAUCACUGUGAAUUGUAAUGUGAUCAUGUACGAUAUGAUCCUUUUUUGCUUAAUUAAUGAACAUCUACUUCUGUUA